GAUAACGGUUAAGCUUCCAAUAAUUAAACGGAUGUUUGACUGCUGUAGUGCCUAAAUUGGGUUGAGCCAUCCAGAAUACACUGUCAAAUCGAGUUAGCCAUAACAAUAGAUUUUGUUGUUGAUGGCCAUGCUUAGCAAUAUUUCAUUAAAACGAAAUGCACGCAUCACAUCGUUGUGGUCUGUGUUAACCGCAUUUUGGAAACGGACGGAAAACGCGAGGGAACAGGCGCUGUCUACUGGCGAGGGUGCUGAAAAGGAUUACUACGUGGCAUCAGGGGAAAUAAAGAGACAGUUUAUUGCGAAUGCUUACAACACAGUCAUCGCGUCUGCAUUUAGCGGCCACCAAAGCCAGACUAUAUGCGGGGGGAUAUAAAGCUGGCAGCAUGUCGAGAACUUGUGCAGAACCAUACGUAGGCCUAUCGUUUUUUUCUUUGUAAAUUGAAAGGCCACAUCCGAGGAGGCAACAUGAGGAGGUGCAGCCCGUGGACGUUUCUCCCUGUUAUGUAUUCUGUCUUCACAGCGGCCGGACUGUGGGUUGUGUACUUCAUAGCUGUUGAAGAUGAAAAAAUAACACCUCUAAACUCGGAAUACAAACGAUCUGGAUCAAAGUCCCCCCCUUACAUUAGCAUUGCAGGCAACGCUCCACCGGCCAGCUGUGUGUUUAGCCAGGUCAUGAACCUGGCAGCGUUUGUGGGAUUCAUCAUCGGAGUCCUCAGAUAUCUCCAGCUAAAACCCAGAGUGCACAAACCUUGGCUGAACAUUGGCAGUCUGGUGGCCAUGUCCCUGGCCUGUUUCGGAAUGACCCUGGUGGGAAACUUCCAGCUGUCUAAUGACGAGGAGAUCCACAAUAUUGGCACGUCCAUGACGUUUGGGUUGGGAACCCUGUUCUGCUGGGUGCAGUCGUUCGUCACCCUCAAGGUGAACUUGAGGAACGAGGGCAGGAGGGCAUGCAUCCCUCGCUUCCUCUUGUCUGGUGCUGUCACUGCCUGCAUGUUGCUGUACUUUGUGCUGAUGGCCCAGCGCCUCCACAUGCACGCGGCGCGGGCGCAGUGGGCUCUGGUCAUGUUCUUCCUGGGCUUCCUGGGCACCUUCGCCAUCGAGUUCCGCCACUACCACUUUGAGAUUGUCUGCACGGACGACCGUGACCCUCCCCUCAGCCUCUCCGAAACCUUCUCCGAAGUCUCCGAGUACCAGUCUGACCAACUAUAGUGUCGGAAGACGAUGCUCGGAAAGUUGUCUUUUAGUCGUCUCACAUGUCUGGGGAUUUGAGAUUCGAUGCUGCAUCUAUCGUACUAAAGAUCAGAUAACUAAACUGGCUAUUCAUCCAAAACUACAAAUCUGUCAGAAUGUUGUCAUGGAUACCCCCCUGUAGCAUAUCCAUGGUACUGUAGCUGUCGCCUACGGUUUGACAUUAGUUACCGAUUCAGCCUAGUUGCACUGCAUGUCUGUCUGCCUGUUUGAAUGUCAUCACUGAAACUGGAUGAACACGAUUUCCGUUUUCACACGCACUCGAAAGCGUCGUACCCUUUGAAGAGCACAAAGGAGAAAAAACUAAUCUCCCAAUCACUGGUGGACUUCCUGAAACAUGAUCUGAUUUGAAUGACGAUGCAUGAUCCAUGGAGAUUCAAGAUCUCUCUGACCAAAUCGCACUCAUACCGUGUAGACCUUUCUGACUCCACUCGUGUGUACUGUGAGGGGAGUAAUGAGGACGUGGGUGCAUCACCAUCUUUCACGUCAAUCACGUCCACUAAUAGGACCACAUCAGAGUUGAUUUUGUUUGGUCAAUUUCCUUCCUGUUUAGCUACCUCUGUAGAACCAUGGAAACAAGCAAACAGGAAGCGCUGCCUCUAGGGCAAAAGAAGAAAAACUAGUGGUUGAUCUCAGACAUGACAUUUUUUUAAAUCACCAGUCAUACAAUUUUGACCAUUUUGUAGUUCAUUAACCACGCUUACAUGACUAUCGUUACCGUGACCACCGACAUGCAUCUCAAUGAUGUUCUGUGCUUUGUAAAUAUUUCACAAUAAAACCUUGAAAUAA